CGGCCGGGACGGGCAAAGCCGGGGCAGCCUGCCGAUACAAUGGUACGGUAGCGCACACGCACAGGCUCUGGCUCUGGCUGAAAGCUGUCGAACAAGAGCCUGACGUCUAGAGACCCAGGAAUCCACGAUGGAGCUGCCCACAGACAGCUUUGAGCUGCCCAGCCCCACGUCGGACCUGGCCUGGAGCCCCUCACCCACCAAGCAAAGGCUGCCGGCCCUGAGCCCCCAUCUGUCACUGCCGAGCCCUCAUAGGAGAGGGAGCUUCGACGCGGCGCUGAGCCCGCAGCGCCGUGGGAGCUUCGACGCGAGCCCCACACGACGUCGCAGGGACGCCGCGCUCGAGUUGGAACUGGGCGCGCCCGACGGCCAGGGCGGAAGGAUAGGCGAGCGCCUCUCGCUCGGGAGCGACGGCAGCGGCAGCCCCGUCAGACGGAGGAAGCACCGUCGGAGGAAGAAGCACCGCCACAGCCGGAGUCCCGAGCAUUCGCCAAUCAAGGAAAGUGUCCUGGAAGGCAUUACGGUGCGGAGGAAGGGCUUCGGCGGGCGACGGAAAAUAGACAAAAAAAAUAGGAGGAAACACAAGGGCCGGAAGCAGUACGCGCGGUUAGAUGAAUAUGCCCAGCAGCAGGAAGCCGCGGCGCCGGGCCCCGCGCCGUCCCUCGUAAAGAGCCGGCCGGAGACGCCCGCGGACGUCGCUCCGGAAGAGUCGGACGGCUCUUCUGAAGACGAGCUAGAGGUCGAAGACGACGGUAUCCAGGGCGUGCCGUCGUUGGCAAACCCCUUGUAUUUGAGGAUUACCAUGGCUGAUGGUGUGCUCGCCCGAACGGGAGCUGAGGUCGCGAGGAUGGCCGUGUACCCCAUCAAUAAACACUGUAUCGUGCGAUGUAUCAAGCGCGUCACACGUGAAGAUCCUAGGUCGGGCAAACACAUCAGGUGGUAUUUAAUAAAUGCGCCGGUGCCGGGUUCUGGUGUGGAUGAAUUUGAACGCAUUAUACCGAAAGAGUUUUCAUACCUCUCUGAUAACGAAGAGGGCGUCUGGAUUCGCAGUAUGAGGAAUAUGAUUGGUUUUGAGGAGGUCAGUGUCCUUACCGAGUGUACGAGAGCCGAAUACGCCGAGUUAUGUAGAAAAGAACAUGCCGCCUUCGAAUCCAUAGAGGAAGACGCGGCCUUAGCGUUGAUCGAGGCGGACGUCAACGGCUGUGCCGCAUUUAUUGCGAGGGCCACUCGUAGAUUAGAGGAACGGCGCGUCAUGAUCCGCAUGUUCGCACCGAUCUGUCGCGAGCUCGAGACGAGUAUCGAAGCCAGAAAAAAAGCUACUGAGGUUGUGCUAAAUGACGACGGCGACGAAAUUGCCGCCAUGAACGCUACCAGAGAGGUCCACGCGAAGGCCCGGAAGGAGGCUAUCGAUAAAGCUCGGUUGAUGGAUUUACGGUAUCGGCCCGAGAUACUGUUAGGUGCUUUGGCCCGAUCAGCGUGUGAGACGCACAAUCCGCGCGAAGCCCUGUGGACUUUGCUAUUGGGUGUUGCGGCUCGCGUCAACUUAUUUAUUCUGCAGAACAAUAAGACGAGAUUGUUUGUUCACGAGGCCCAACGGUUAUCAACGGAUUCAGCACUAAGAGGUGAUAUUUUCGUCGGUUUAGCGAUGCGGGGCGAGGAGGGGAAACUACGAGAUCUCUUGAGACGAGGCUACGCGUCGGCGGACGUCUGCCACUCCGCGGCUCAAAUUUCGGCUUUAUUUGCCGCGGUAAGUUCAGGAGCGGUCGGCGCCGUCGCUGCUUUGCUGGACCACGGCGCCGCUGUGGACACGAGGGAUCUCCACAACGAUUUAUUACCUUAUCCACUACAUGUCGCCGCGUACAACGGUUAUCAUCGCGUCACGAAAUUAUUGUUAGAAAGAGGCGCCGACCGCUAUCCGGUGAAUAGCGAGAACCAGACGGCCCACGCCCUAUGUAAGAAGAAAUGGAUUGAAGAAGGUGGCGAUGCUCUAGAUAGAUGUUGUGAGUUAUUAAGGUUGGAACCUACCGUAGUAGAGGGCGUCUAUGUCGCUCAAACUACGGACAGAUCCAUAACCAUAGAAUGGCCCGUACCUCCCGAACACAAGGUGAACAAGCUGGAAGCCGAUCAAAUAGUAGAAGCCUACAAGGCGACGGCCAUCGAAUCGGGCGUGGGGACUGAGGAGAGGACUUUAAUAAGAAAGCGGGCCGAGUGCCUGAAGAGAGGUGGCGUUUACCAGCUGACGUUCCAUGAUCUGCCUUCUCUCGUGUGCUUGGAGGUGUGUGUCUGCGCGCGCACGAAUGGCUUGUAUGGGCCCCUAUCGGACAAGGUCAUCGCGUUUACGGAGGGUCGAAGGCCGAGGCCUUGUGACGUACCGCACUUAGCCGGCGUCGGUCUGGAUUGGUUACGGGUCGAAUUCGAGUCCGUGGAAAAGACGGAAGACAAGUCCUUCGAGGAGCGGGCGCCUCCCCUAGAGUUUGAAUGUGAAUUGUGUGCGUGGGCGCUCAAACAAGCAAAGCCGGUCGCGGUCGAUGACGUCGAGUGGGCGACCGAUGUCGACACGGACGACGACGAGGAACAACACUCACCUUCAAGGUGGUCCCUGCAGACCGUAGCUUCCGUAUUUGUGGAGGUUGACUCCCUCGACGACGAGCCGCCCCUCGCGGAGUUUAUCGACGUGAGACAACACGUGGCGUCAUUUUUAGUGGGAAGAGGCUUCGAGGAGCCGCUGCGGAUGCCCGCGCUGUAUGUUCGUAGUCGAGCCCGGAAUAAAUAUGGAUGGGGCCCUUUUUCUGAAGCUUCGAGGGUGGGCCGGCCGCGCGAACCCAUCAUUAAAGCGGUCACGGCGUCCACCACGUCCGUGUCCCUGAAGUGGGACGCGUUGGAUCGGAGAAGUGCCGCCUACGAGGUCAUCGUAAGGCUAUCGAGGCCCGACGUCGUAGAAAGGCGGAAGCGCGUUUUGUUCGCCUUCAAUACCCUACCCCUGUUGAAUCAGAGGAGGCGCUACCCGCCGCAGCCGCCGCAACAGGAGGUUGUCAUCGAAAAUCGGAGGGGCCAGCGGACUUGGAGGGACGACGACGACGUCUGGACGCGCGUUUCUAGGGACCGGACGGACACAGAAGUCGUGGCUACGAGAUUGCGACCCGGUCGUUCCUAUGACGUGCGGAUCCGGAGCUGCCCCUUACUGGGACCGCCGGACGACUGGAGCAACGCGGCGUGUGGAAUAGUGAAGACGGCUCCGGUACGGCCCGAGGCGCCGCCGGCGCCACUGCCCCCGACGAACGCCGACGCUUUACUGAUGGUCCUCGCCAAGGGUCUGGGGAAGAACACGCAGAGACGUAAUUUGACCUCGAUGAGGAUGGGAACUGAUAGGAGGCCGUCCGGUGAUUCGGACACGCUGGGCGAGAUCGCUCGACAACGGUCUUCUAAGAAGACAAUAGAGAGGAGGCGGUCCUUCGAAUCCGACUCUGAUGAUGAUGCGUACGGCGAACCUUCUAGAAGAGAUGGCUUAAUAGCGGACGACCGGCGGUUGGGCGCUGGCAGCGACGAGGGCGCGUAUCUCGGCUGGUGCCGUACAGUACUGCCGCCGUCCAAAGAUACGAACGGUUCCGCAGUGGACAAGUGGGAGGUCGAGGUCAAGUCUGACGAGGUCGAAGUGAGGCACUCUUGUAGUACAGACGGUGACAAGGGCGUUGCCACUAUCUUUUUGGUACCCGCCCGAAGUUAUGAAAUACGAAGUAGAUGCAGGAACGGCGCGGGCUGGUCCCGUUUUAGUCCACCACUACAGAUCAAGACGCCGUGCGGGCUCUGUCCGCCCCCUACCAUGCGUAUUGUAAAUAAAAGUGGACGGCAAUUACAAUUGCGAGUCGGCAAGCCGUGUACUAUAGACGUCGGGAAGAUCUUCCGGGCGGGCGGUCGCGGGGGCAAGCCCAUCGUGACGCAGUACGAGGAAAACGAACCCAAUCAACGGUUCCCGCCGCCGGCCGAGUGUACUGGCUCGUACGAGAUCGCUUCCAGAGAUAUCCGCGAUAAAGACGACGCCUGGCAGGUCACGCCCAAGAAGAGUUCGAAGGCCACGUUCAAGACUGUGAUCAAAAGAUUGACGCCGGGCGAGACCUACGACAUCAGGGUGCGGGCGCGCUACGAGGCGGGGUGGAGCGCGUGGUCGGCUUGUUUGCGCGUCAUGACGGCGCAGGGGUAACGUAAGUGUUGUGUUUUUAUA